AUGUCUCAACAAUCGUUUAAUCAUAUUUGUGAUCAGCUCUCUGUGUUUAUUGAAAGAAGGACUACGACAUUUCGAUAUCCUCAUCCAGUUGGAAAACGUGUUAUGGUGACACUUUGGCGUCUAGCAACGAAUAUUGAAUUCAGAACAUUGGGUCAUUUAUUUGGGAUGGGACGUAGUACAGCCUGUAUGAUAUUUCAUGAUGUGGUUGAUGCAAUUAACUCUAUUCUUCUUCCAAAGUAUAUAAAGUUUCCAACAGGACAAGCUUUGCGAAAUACUAUCGAUGGAUUCCGAACUAGAUGGGGAUUUCCUCAGUGCUGUGGGGCAAUCGAUGGGACCCAUAUACCAAUCAUCGCACCAAAAGAACAUCAUGCAGACUAUUACAAUAGGAAAUGCCAUCACUCUAUACUUUUACAAGCUGUUGUUGAUUACAACUAUAGAUUUACUAACAUAAAUGUUGGACAUGCAGGGAAGCAUCAUGAUGCGCAUGUACUUCGUAAAUCAUCGGUGUUUCUCAAAGCAAGUGCUGGUGAGCUAUUACUCAAUUGGACUGAAAAUUUAGAUAAUGUUGAAGUUCCACCUUUCAUAAUUGGAGAUCCUGCCUAUCCCUUACUUACAUGGCUGAUGAAAGCGUAUCCCGGAAACAAUUUAUCUCGUUUAAGUAGAGCUAGAAUGACCGUCGAAUGUGCUUUCGGUAGACUUAAAGGUAGAUGGCGUUGUCUCAUAAAAAGAUUGGACAAUGAACUGUACAGAGUGUCGGGGAUUGCUAAAGCUUGUUGCACUUUACAUAACCUUUGUGAAGUGCACGGAGACUUUUUUAAUGAAAAUUGGCUUGAAGAUAUCGACGACAAUGUUAAUGUGCCAGCAAAUCGGAAUGACGACAAUGCAAAUACUGAUGCUAAACAAAUACGAAAAGCCAUAACCAACUGGCUCAAAGAUAAUUAA